GCACGAGAGUUCCAGGUGGGGGAAAGUGGCCAGCUGGCGGCUGAGGUCACCAGACAAGCAGAAGUCUUGGUCCGUUGCUCUCACGGUCGGCCUGAAUGCUGGCCAGAGAAGGAGCUGGGGGGAGACAGAACAGCUGCUGAGGUGAACGAAGACACAGAGUUGAAUCCCUGUAGGGGAAAGAUUGAGACAGAGGAUCUAACAGCACAGCUGAAAUAUUGGUAUUGGCUCCAAUCCUAUAUCUCCAGAGAACCCAUGUCUGAACAGGCAGCUGCCGUGGCUGGAGGUGUGGUCGGUGGAAUUCUUUUAUUGGUCCUUAUUGGGAUCGCAGCAUACCUCUUGUGGAAGAAGGUGUACCUGUGGGCUUCCUACGAAGAACUCACCAGCCCUUCCUCCCCUACUGAGAAGCCAGCAGGUCUGUGGGAACCGGCUGUUGCCCAACCACCAUCUUCAGUUCAGUCUCAAAAUUUAAGAACAAGAAGCGUCCCUUUUAUUGUCCCACCAAAAUUUCAUAAGCAAGCUUGGAUCGACAUGACAAGCGGAGAACACAUUCAAGAUGAGAGCGAUGCUUACGUGACCCCCGACUCUGGGCCUCGGUCAUCUUUCCAUUCCUUAGCUGGAGCAUACCUGGUAGGAACCAUCAAUCCAGAGCUGUAUAAAUUCCCGGAGGACAAAAGCGAGGUAGACUUCCCCGAGGGCUGCAUUGGCCGGCUGUGGUUCUCCCUGGAAUACAAGCAAGAGUCGGAGAAGCUCCUCAUCUCCUUGAUCAAAGCCCGGAAGCUGCAGCCGCCUUCCAAUUCCUGCAGCCCCUUUGUGAAAAUCUACCUGCUGCCGGACGAGAGGCGCUAUUUGCAGUCCAAAAUCAAGCGUAAAAAUCUCAACCCGCAGUUCGAUGAGGAUUUCGUUUUCCAGGUCUCCAGCAACACCUUGCACCAGAGGACGCUGAGGUUUUGUGUCUAUCAUGUGGACAAACAAAAGAAGCACGUUCUCUUAGGCCAAGUCAUGUUCCCUCUAAAGAAUGAAACCUUAAGCGAGGACAACAAAGUUGUCAUCUGGAGAGACUUGGAAGCAGAGAACCUGGAGCCUCCUUCGGAACAUGGGGAUAUUCAAUUUUCUCUCAGCUAUAAUGACUACCUGGGCCGUCUCACAGUGGUAGUGCUGAGGGCCAGAGGCUUGAGAUUCCAGAAUGACAGACAGGCUGCCAGUGUGUUUGUCAAAGUGUCACUCAUGAACCAUAAUCAGUUCAUCAAAAGCAAGAGGACUUCCGCUGUCCUGGAAUCCCCCAACCCCUUGUACAACGAGACGUUCAGCUUCAAGAUUGAGCAGAUGGAGCUGGACACGGCGAGUCUGAGUUUGUCUGUCAUCCAGAAUGGCGAGAGGAACGAAACCUGCUCGCUGGGCCGGGUGGUCGUUGGGCCCUUCAUGUACACCCGGGGCAAGGAACUGGAGCACUGGAACGAGAUGAUCAGCAAGCCAAAGGAGCUAGUGAAGAGGUGGCAUGCCCUUGUUUUGAGCACCUGAAGGACCGGUUGUUCCUUGCAAAAUAAAUGCGUUUCUGCCUGUAUUGAAAUCUGGGAGAGAAGACGAUCUACUGUACUAGAGCAGACUCUUGAAGGGUCUGUCAGAUGUCUUCUCCACUGAUGUUCCUAAUGAUGUGGUGGCUUAGUGUCUACGUUAGCUGUGUUGAAUCCUUGGCCUCCCAACUGGA